CUGACGACAAAUGAUUCGCUAUAGUUUCGAGGUACAAAGACUGCAAUACCAAUCUUGAGAUCGUUGACAUCUGUGGCUUCUUCUGGGCAUUCUAUGAUUUCUAUCACUAUGCAAACGAGGUACAGCCUUCCUAGCAGCAAAGUUGCACAAGCAAGAGGAACUCUCUGUCUGGUGCCUCUCUCAGACAAGAUAUCAUCAUGGAAGAGAUGGAACUAAAUCGCAUUUGGCACGAACCAGAAGUCGUCAUCUACGGCGGUGUCAUCACUCCAGGAAUACGUUGCUCAGGGCAAGCAUACGAUCUAGCAAACCGCAGAUGGUAUCAGAUCAAUGUCAAUACAGAUGCCUAUGAUGAGGAGUGGAUGGCAAACAUCGUUGAAAACCACAUAUCAACAUAUUACCACAGUUUCGGGAAGCAGACCCCAUUCAACGUUAUAAACGCAACACGAGAGGACGGUCCAGUAGAGUUCGAGAUACAGCCUAAUCACAUUAUCGCCAGACCGAUCCGUGAAAAGUGCCAGUUCUAUCCCAGGGGGGAGACUUCCAUCCCUAUUGUUUCUUUUGAUCAGUUGGUAGACAAAGUCUACUUAGGCCGUGCCGUUGACAGAUGCCGUUGGAAAGGCCAAGACUGUGCAUUCAAACGGAUCGAGUUCGAUUGCGAUGUCGGGGGUAUUGACCGAGAAAUCAAGAGCAGGGAAAAAUUGCUGGCAGCUUUGAGUCCUCACUGCGAAGCCAACAAGAUCAUGGCGCAGCGAUUCAAUGUUGUACCAAUUCUAGCUGUUGUCAUCACCGAGAAGGACGUUGAUAAUCACGAGGUCGUGGGCAUUCUGAUGCCUUUUGGCGGUCCUAGUCUGGAAUCCUUGUCCGAAUCCGGAUCAAAAUCUGCUGCUUCCCUACCUGGUCUCAUAGAUCUCGGCAUCACACGAGAGCAGUUACGAGAUCUGGCGUGUGGUGUUCGCGAAUUGGCGCAAGCAGGAGUUGUGCAUGGCGACAUCAACGAGCGGAAUACACUUAUAAAACCUCAUGAAGCAGCAGCCUCAGCGGAGGGAUUUCAAGGACAGUCUCGUCUGGUCUUGGUUGAUUUUGGCGAUCUGGCACCGGAGUACAAAAACGACGCAUUUGCACUUGGUGAGCUGUUCAUUUGGUGCAAGGAGCGCUCGUCGUGGGGUGUUUCAGACCAACGGAGGAUUGAGGAUGCAGCUCAAGUUUUGAAAGAAAACGGCGACUAUGACAGGGCGCUCAGUGUCUUGGAUGACGCAAGUGAUGGCAGAGGGGAGUGAAUCUGAGCUGAGAGCUUCAUUGGGUAGUGUCACGUGAACAGGAAUCACUACCUACCUAGGUAGGUAGGUAUAGCAACUACUGUUAUUCGAGGCUUACGCUACCUCCCUCUCGCUCUCCCUUUACACGCCUUUCGUUAGAUCUUCAAUCACCCUCAAUUAGUUC